AUGAACCUGGAAACCAAUUUGCGAGAGCGGCUGAAGACUCCGCAGCGGUCGUUGAUCGUCGCACUCCCGAUUCGAAUGGACGACGGCCACGUUCGCGUCUUUCAAGGAUACCGGGUCCAACAUGAUUCCGCACGCGGGCCAUCCAAGGGCGGGCUGCGGUACCACCAGGACGUCGCCCUGGGAGAAGUGGCGGCAUUAGCCAUGUGGAUGACCUGGAAAACCGCUCUGGUCGGACUUCCAUAUGGAGGGGCAAAGGGUGGCAUUCAAGUCAAUCCUCAUAUGCUGUCACUCUCCGAACUGGAACGUCUCACCCGGCGAUAUGCGGCUGAAAUCUUUCCGCUGAUCGGCCCGGACAAAGAUAUUCCCUCACCGGAUAUCGGCACGAACCAGCAAGUCAUGGCCUGGUUCAUGGACACCUACAGCCAGCAGGUCGGAUUCUCCGUCCCCGGCGCCGUCACGGGCAAACCCCUUGCAAUCGGAGGGAGUCUGGGUCGCGAAGAAGCCACCGGACGAGGGGUGGUGAACGUGACGAUAGAAGCACUCCGCCAUAAGGGGAUUGACCUGGAGGAUACGAGCGUUGUGAUCCAAGGGUUUGGGAACGUGGGUUCACACACCGCCAAAAUCUUCGACGAAGCCGGGGCUCGAGUGAUUGGCAUCAGUGACGUCACGGGUGGCGUCUUCAAUCCGAAAGGGUUGCCGAUAGACGCGAUCUUUCAACACCAUCGGCUCGGUUUGCCCGUUCAAGACAUGAAAGUCGGUGAUCACCUGACCAACGAUGAGUUGCUUGCCCUGGAUUGUACGGUACUGAUUCCCGCCGCGCUCUCUGAACAAAUUACCGGCAAAAACGCCGAACGCCUCCGCUGUCGCAUUCUGGCGGAAGCGGCGAAUGGGCCGACGACGUUGGAGGCGGACGCUAUUUUAAACGAUCGGGACGUCUUCAUUAUUCCCGAUAUUUUAGCCAAUUCAGGCGGAGUGAUCGUCUCGUAUUUUGAGUGGGUCCAGGACGUCCAACAUUUUUUCUGGAAUGAGCGUGACAUUCAGCAACGACUUCAUGAACUCAUUACGCACGCCUUCCAUCGACCUUCGCUUGCAGAGAGAGAAGAAAUUUCACGAUGA